GUUGCGCGGCCAUCUUGGUUUGGCUUCGCGCUUUCUCGUUGUAAUUUUUCGCGAGUAAUGUUUGAUUACACUUAAUUUCCGUUAUUAUUGUGUGUGAAUUGGAAUAUAGUGAUUUGUGAACAGAGAGAAAUAUUGAAAACUGAAUUAUGGAUCCGGCUAAGAUGAAAGUUGUGGAUCUAAGAUCCGAGCUUGGCGCCCUCGGUUUGGACACCAAAGGGAACAAGCCGGCUUUAGUUGAAAGAUUGAAGAAAGCACUAGAAGCAAAGUCAGGAAAAGUACUGCCUGACACAUCAAUACUCGACACGUCUACAGAAGAUUCGGAUCUACCAGCUACUCCGAGGCGUACUCCUGCUCCUCGAACGACUCGGAGAUCAUCAUCCUCGAGGCUCGCAGCCACUCCGGCUAAGAUAGUUCCAGUACGUGAAGAACCGCCACAGCCUAUACCUGAGGAACCGAAGCCAGGAGAGCCAUAUUCACCAAGCCAGGAGGAUUCUGACAAUGAUUCCCCACCUCCCGCCAAAGCGGCGCCUAAACCUGCACCUGUAUCUCCCCCCAAACCUGUGGCCCCGCCCACGCCAGUCGCGCCUCCUGCGCCGGUCGCCGCCCCCGAGCCUGUAGCGGCCCCUGUAGCCCCUCCCACCCCUGUCGCGGCUCCUGCUCCCGUCCCUGCGCCCACACCUGUCCCGGCCCCUGAGCCUGUGGCAGCACCUACGCCUGUGCCGGCGCCUGAGCCCGUCGCGGCACCUGAGCCGGUAGCGGCACCUGAGCCUGUUGCGGCACCUGUUGAAGAAACAGAACCGUCUCCUAAAAAGAAUAAAUCGUUGACCGACGGAGAAUCAGAACCAAUGGAAGUGCAAGAAAGUGCUAAUGCUGAAGCAGAGGCUUCAGACAAAAAAGUUAAGGAAGACAAAAUGGAGGAGGAUGGUGAAGAAAAGGGUGAUGAAGAUAAAGAUGACAAAAAAGAUGAUCGAGAACGUGAGCUAACUGAAGAAGAAGAAUGGGAUCAACUGAACGAGCGCCUGCGAAUCCGUGAACAAGAACGACUCGAACGAGAACGGAAACAGGCCGAGGAAGAUGCCAAGCGGUUGGAGGAACUUAGUGAUGACCCAGUCAGGCUGAAUCGUUUGAAGCGCAAGCAUGAAAAGAAGGCUCGGUGGAGUAACUUCUACAGGGCUGUGGAAGUCACUAACGAAGUACUUACACUGCCUGAGGAGGCCCAUGCAAACAAAGAGAGGAAAGAGUCAACUGAAAUUAAAGUACCGGAACCUGAAAUUGAUGAGAACAAAAUCACUCUGUCUUGGUAUGACAGUGACCUGAACCAGUACAUGGAGGUGCCGGAUUUAAACAGCGUGGUGCCGCUGAGUGAAGGUGCCUUCGCCCACGCGUGGGCCGGAGCCCGCGCCAGCCAUGGGGUCAAUGCCGGACGACUGUGCUACGAGGUGCGUGUGGGUACGGUCGCUACCACAACUGAAAGUGCUGAAAAGGAGCCUGUUGGCUCCGGUCUCAGGAUAGGAUGGUCCACUGAUGACUCCUCACUGCAUCUUGGUGAGGGUGAGCUAAGCUGGGGCUACGAGAGCUCGGGCCGCGCGGUCACCAACUCCGAGUUCAAGGAGUACGGCAAACAGCUCAGCGAGAAGGAUGUGGUUGGCGCUUACUUGGACUUAGAAUCGAAUCCAUGCAAGAUCUCCUACACGCUAAACGGUGUGGAACUGGGCACCGCGUACGAGUUUGACAAGUCAGUUCUCGACGGCAAAGCGCUGUUCCCGCAUAUACUCACCAAGAAUAUGUGCUAUAAAGUCAACUUUGGAUAUGAUAAGUACAACAUGUUAACGAAAACGAAACUCGUUCGCAAACGAGUAGAGAUCCCGGUAGAACAAGUGUUAGAAGAGAAGAGAGCUAUAGAAGCUGAAUUACAGCGGCAGAAGGAAGAGGCCGCGCAGAAAGAGAAAGAGAGAAGGGAGAGGGAGAAGAAGGAGAGAGAGGAACGACAGAGGAAGAAGAGAGAGGAGCGUGAGAAACAAGACCGCGAACGCAAAGAGAAGGAAGAAGCAGAGAGAAAGGAAAGGGGUGAAGACCAGCCUGAGGCUGAAGGUGGAGAUCAGGACAUGAGGAGUGAGAAGGAACCAGCUCCUGAAUCUGGUGAGGCAGCUGAGACUGCUGAAGAAAAUGCUGACAAACCUGAUGAGCCCAAGGAGAACGGUGACAAAGUGGAAGAGCAAGAACCAGAGCAAUUGGCCGAGGUUAAACCUGAGCCGAUGGAGACGGAGACCAGCGACGCUGCUGCUCCUGAAAACCCUGACAAUGACGUCAAGGAGGAACAGGAACCAGAAGGCGAACUGGCAGAGGUGACAGAAGAACAAGUCCUGCAAGGCCAUGUGCUCGAUAAGAGAAUCAAAUUCGUUAUUCGUUACACGGCGGAAGAAGAACUAGACGGCACGGAAGUAGACCUGGUGCCCGGCUACGUGUUCAUUAACCAAGCUGACCUCGUCGACGGUCCCGCCCGACCCAACAGCAUUGCCGACUGUGAGGUGAUCCUCAUGGUAGGCAUGCCGGGGUCGGGCAAGACGUACUGGGCCAAGCAGCACGCGGCCGCCCACCCACAGCGCCGCUACAACAUCCUCUCCACCGGGGCACUCUUCGACCGCAUGAAGGUGGACUGUAAGCCCUUCCGCGCCAGCUACGAGGCCCGCUGGGACGCUAUGGUGUCCAAGUGCGCUAAAUGCGUGCUUAAGUUGUUGGAAAUCGCCAAGGGACGCAAACGGAAUUUUAUCCUCGACCAGACGAAUGUAUAUCCGUCGGCCCAGAGGCGCAAGUUGAGGGAAUUCGACGGGUACCGGCGGGUCGCGGUCGUGAUCGUGACCGACGACGAGACGUACCGCGACCGGCAGAAACGGCGCGAGGAGGCCGACGGCAAGGAAGUGCCCGACGGGGCCAUUGUGGACAUGAAAGCCAACUUCUCGCUGCCCGAGAAGUGCUCGUGGCUAGACGAGGUGCUGUACCCCGAGCUGGACGCGGAGCAAGCCAAGCUCAUCGUGGAGGGCUUCCACAAGGAGGCCAAGGCGGCUGGAGUGGUGCGGGAACGCGAGCGACGCGACAGGUCAGCGACCCGCGACGCGCCGCCGCCCAAGCGACACCGCUCCGGCGACAAGCGACAUCCCAGGGACGAUAGACGCAGGGACUUCACGCGAGGAGAUAGCAGGGAAGACCGUUGGGGCGGCAGCAGCGGCAGCGGCGGCAGCAGAUGGGGCGGCAGCACGCGCGGCUCGCGCUGGGGCCCGCGCGACUCGCGGCCGCCCGCGCCUCCACCCGCGAGGUUUGACCGGCCCUGGCCGCAGGGCCCGCCGCCACCUAACAGAUACGACAACGACUUCAACCGUGCCGGUGGUGGUCGCGGUCGCGGCGGCUCAGGGCGGCCGGACCGCGGCGGCCGCGGCGGGGCUCCGGCGGGCGGCGGCGGCGACAGGUUCUCCCGUGACCGACACCACCGACCCAACGAUAGGCCUGACAAGCGACACCAUCAACCUGGCGGUGGUAACAACGUGGGUGGUGCUGGAUCAUGGCAGCGCGGCGGGCAGAUGGGCAACCGCGGCGCCAUGCAGCCCGCGCGGCCCGGCCAGCCGCCGCAUGCCAGGAACGCGCAGCCCAACCAGAAGGAUGGACCAAAUCAAAACCAGAAUCAGAACCAACAGAAUCAACAAGGAUGGAACCAAUGGGCCGGCGGAUGGGGAGGAUGGGGCAACUGGAAUCAAAAUCAAGGCUGGGGCAACUGGGGUAACUGGGGCAACUGGAACCCGCAGCAGCAGCAGCAACAACAACAGCAGGGAGCCCAAGCCGGCGGCACCCAGGCCGGCGGCAAACCCGGCCAGCAGCAGUGGCCCGCCAACUACACCGCGCAGCAGUGGUACCAGUGGCAGCAGUGGCAGCAGCAGCAGGCCGGCUGGCCCGGGUAUCAACAAGGUAAUCAGGCUGGCAACUCCCAGGAAGCGCAACAAGCGUGGGCGCAAUACUAUCAGAACUACGGCGGCGCGAACGCAAACAACGCCAAUAACGCGGUCGCCGGAAACGACAAGAAGUGAUCCACUCUCCUCAGCAGUACCGCGCGUGACGUCACCGCCGGUACUCUAUACACGACACAAACAAACAUCUCUAUUGACCACGAAUAUAUUCCUGUAUACACGUAGCAUGUACCCAUGGAGGACAAAAUGACGAGCGGAGAUGUCAUAACAGAAAAUUGACACUCCCACCGUCUGUAUUUGAAGUACAAAAAGGCCCCUGACCUACCUGUGUUAUAGCACCUCCGCUCAUCUUUCCUUCAUCCGUGAGUGUGUACAUCUACAGCCUUUUUACUGUAUGCAUUGCAAAUUAGUUUUUGUAUUAAAGACAGUUUCAUAGGUGAAAAGUUAACAAUAAAGAGAAAUUCCGUUGAAAAAAUAAUUGAAUGACUUCCACAAGUAGAAAAGAGGUAAUAUUUGGAGGAAAUCUUUACUCUAAAAGUCACUAGUUCUUUCCUCUAGCAGGGAGAUAUUUCACGUUGAAAAAGCAAUAAGAAUUCUGUCGAUAGACACACGAAUUUGUCGAUCGAAAAGUGAUUCGGCAAAUUAAUUUACUUAUUAGGUAAAACUGUUUUUACAUCUUUAUAAGAUGCACUUUAUUUCGUUUACAGAAUUGUAACGUGAUGUCUAUAUAUGUGCAUGUAUUACAUAUAAUUAAUAAUAUUUAAUUGUUGCAAAAUUAUAAACGACACACGGUUAGGUAAAAGUAUCGUUAUCUUCACUGAUUAACUAAAAGCAUGACUGCACACAAUUAUUUGAGAUCACAAAGAGAUUUUUGCAAAAUAUUACAAUAAAAUUUAUAUCGCGAAUGUGUAUCAUACAGUUAAUGCUCAAUAUAAAGAGGAGUCUAGUUAAGUUCGUAUUCGAAUUAAAAGUUAUCACAAAAAUAUUUUUCACAUUUUAUUAUGUCGUCGGAAGAGAUCUUUAGGCUGUCCGCCAAAGUCAGACUUUUGUAGGACAAAUAAUCGAACUGAUUUUUUGUAGGACGUUCUUAUUAGGAUUACCUGAACUUUUUGUCGGACGUGCGUUGCACUAUUGCUAUCAGUUGUUCAGUAGUCUAUUUUAGUCCUACAAAAAAUCGGUCACCGAUUAUAAUCGGACGUUGGCGGGCAGCCUUAGAAUCCCAAACAUAUCGACGUUGCAAAGGUCAAAUAUGCAGUUGAAUAAUUCUGUAGUCGCAUUGGUUGCCAACAAUUAGUGGAGCUUUUGAUAAUAAUUAGACAAAACGCUAGAUUACUAGUUUACAACGCAACGUAUAGUGAUACAUAUUCCUACAGUAUUUAGGUGAUACCAAAAUAAAUAAACGAAGUAUUUUGCCACUUGUAAAUAUAUCUAGACAUAAACAACCCCUUACAAAAUAUUACUUAUACUACCGUAUCAUAUAAGUAUCUAGAAUUGCAUUAAUUUCUCGAAUAAACUACAAACUGUUCUGUUAUUUAUGAGUGGUUUUAUACGUUUUUCGGUCAGUGCCUGACUCAUAUUGGGAAACGAUUUAAUGUUAAGAAUGGGCCAGUUUAGGUCCUCUAAACCUGUAGUGUACAUAACAUAGGUUUUGUUUUUAUUUCGCCUUUGCAUUGUCGUCAAACAAACCGAAUAUAGGGGUACGCAGUUGACAGCUGUCAGUGUUGACAGCGGUCAGUUAAAAAAACGAUCAGAUUAUUCAUCAAUGUUAUAUUUAGUUGUCUUGCAAUUUGUUGUUUUAUUAUAUUUUCGUGCAAUCGACGUGAUAAGACAAAGUAAUGAAUUGACUCGUAUGUAAUAAGGUUUAUUAUCACGGUUAAAAAAGUUUUAAUAUAUUUUCGCCAAAACUUCUUUCAGUCAUGUCUGAAUUGACAUUUUUGUUUUUUUAUUUUUGUUGUUGUAUCUUUGUGUGUGAUAGUUUUUGACAACGAGUGGAGUCUCAUGCAUUGGGGUUAGCAAAGCUAUGUAUAUAAACAUCUCAUAGUACUAUACUCAGUACAACGACAACAUAUUGUCUAAAUACCUAUUUCAAGUCAAAAUCAAUUCAUCAUCUCACUUCAUGAGAUUUAUCUUUAAUUUAGUGUUACAAUUGUAAAAAUUACGAUGUCGGAGAAUAUUGUCAAAGACUUUGCUCAUGUUCAAACAUCAGAAGUUAUUGCUAUGUAAGUAGAUAUUAUUUGCAUUUUAAGUUGUAUGUUUAGUUAACAUCGUUAAUAGUAAUCUGAUUCAUUUCAAUAUGUGUUGUCAUUUUCACUCAAUAGAUUAUGCCCAAAUGUUUGGGAGUAUUGUUUUUGAAAUACUACAUAAGGCACGGAGGUGACUUUAAGUUUAGUUAUUUUAGGUAUACAAUAAAAUAAAUCGGGGGUUAGUAAGUAAUUGUAAGUUUUGUAAUGACUAAGUUACGCUAAGUAACAAGUGAAUGAGUGAGCGAAUGAUAAGCUUAUAGCUUUGUGUACAAAUGUUUUAGUUAGGAGUGUGUUCGAAUGUCACUACUGAUAAUGAUUUAAUAAUAAAACGUAUUCAAUAAGA